CAAACUAUGGAACUAAAAAGAAACAUGAAACAAUAAGCAUCAGCAAGAAAGGUGGAGAAGCAGUUCGCAACACUUUAAGUAUAGGAGGAAUUAUCCAGACAGGUUAUAACCUUUUAAGCUCUGGAGCAGGAACUUUGAACAGUAACAUGGAAACAACAGCAACAAACAACAAUACUAUUGAACAGAGUCAAGAAAUAGAUGCAAAUAUGGAAACAGAAACUUUAUUGAAUAAAGAAAUGGAAGGAAAAAAUACAUCAAAAAAUGAUAAAGGCAAAGCAAAAGAAGUAUACAACAAUAAUGCAGAAAUUAGUGAAGAAGAGGCUAGUGACAGUGAGUCAGUGGUAACAGUAAACAGCUUCCAGAGUGAACAUGAAGAGUGGAGAAAAAUGGCAAAAUUGGAAAAAUAUAAAGCCUGGGAAAAAGGAGUCAAAUUUUGGGAUAUUCCUGUAGGCAUGCGCGAACAAGAAUUCAAACACAUGCUUAAUCACAAAUUUGGAAAAGUAAUUUCGUGUACAAUGUCCACAAGAGGUAUGUGGUCAUCAGCAAUUGCAUAUUUUGAUGAUCCUAACAUUUCAGGACAAAUUUUAUCUGAAUGGUCACAAACAGUAGGAGAAGAGUCAUGCAGGGUGUCAAUCCCAAGUAUGACAUUUACAGAAUUAAAAAAUAGAGGUGCACAUGCAGUUAAAUUAAUUAAUUUACCACCUGAUAUGUCACCACGUGAGUUACAUGUGAUCAUAGCACAAAUGGGAGCAAAAACAUGUUAUUUCCCUCGAAAUCUAUAUGGGAAAAAGAAAAGAAUGGCAAUUGCAACAUUAGAAAGUGAAGAAGGAAAAAGGGAACUUAUAGGACAAACAUGGGAAGCAGGAGAAUAUAUGAUUAAAAUAGUGGAUAUAAAAACAAAAACAUGUCAUAGAUGUCAUGCAGAAGAGCAUUUGACCACUAGACCACGUUUAUAUCAAAACUUGAGAAAUCAAGUAGGUAUGAGAACUGAAUAUUCAGAUGCAGUUAAAAGAAAUGUACCUACAAUUAGAAGAAAUACUGGUUUAAUAAAUAACCAAGAGGAUCCACUUCAAAAUAUAAUGAAUAUGCUUGAAACUAUCAAACAAGAUAUAGUAGAAAUUAAAAAACAAACAAAAAAUAUUGAUGAAAGAGUACAAUAUUUGGAGGAAUAUGCUGGAUAUAAUUUGGAAGAAAAAGUAGAUCAUAUGAGUGAGGAUGAGGAAGAAGAAAAAGAUACAACAGAGAAUGGUGAGAAAGAGCUUACAGAAAAAACAAAGAAAUUGCAAGAAACACAAAUGGAACAAAUAGCAAAUACAGUUAAAAUGUUAGCAGAAUUAAUACCAGAAUUGAAAAAAUCCAAUGAUGAAACACAAGAAAGAUUAAGUAGAAUGGAACAAUCAUCUAUUUUGUCAAAACAUAGAGAACAAACAAAGGCUGCUUACAGUCAAGAGAACCAACAAUUUUAA